AUGGGGCGAAAUUUUCCCCCGCGGUGGAUAUUCCCUUGCUGGAUGGUGUGCAUCCUGGUUGCUGUAUAUGCCCAGAGCACAGUCUCAAAGGCUGUUCAAUGUGGCGGACAGCAGUACAUGAAAGGCUCAAGAUGCUGUGAUAAGUGCAAACCAGGUUCCCGAGUGUUUGCAGACUGCACUGAAUCCCAUCAGACUAAAUGCGUUAAAUGCGCUCGUGGGGAGUACCAGCCAUUCUGGACGCAAGAAAUGCGCUGCCUGCAACAGAGAAUUUGUGAUGAAGGAAAAGGUUUCAUGUCCCGGAUUGAAAACCUGGAGGCAGAAGAACCAUGUCGCUGCCCUACUGACUCCCAGUGUUCUCCUAUUAAUUGUGAGUUCUGUGAAAAGAUUCCUCCCUGUCGACCCGGAUAUGGACUCGAGGUGGAACCAGAGUCCAUAUAUGGAAGGAAGGUUUGCGUUCCAUGUAAGAAAGGAUUCUUCUCUGCAGACAAUGACACCAAACAGUGCAAACAGUGGACGAAUUGCAAGGCAGAGGGCAGGAGUGAGACCCGACCAGGCAGUGCUCAGGCAGAUGCUGUGUGUGGGCCACCUGUCUCUGGUGCUGCCCCCUCCUGGGUGAUAGUGUCAUUGCUGCUAGCCAUCACAGUCCUCUGUCUCCUCAUUCUGCUCCUAUUCUGUUACAAAGACAAACUCAAGUUACUUUCUGUUAAUUUGCGAUCGUGUGUACAGAAUCUAAAAAGGACAAGAAUACAGCAGGAGACUUUGGCCCCUCUUUAUCAAAGCGGAGCAGCAGGAGGUCUCAAAUAUGUCCCUUGUGAGACAACAAAGCUCUUCAGUCAACCUCCCCGCUUGAGCGAUGGUGACGAUCCCCCAUGCACCUUAACCCCCUGCACUCCCGCUGCUGAAGUUUCCCUCCCCCAGACCCAAGGAACAACCACAAACGAAGGCCUACAGAAAGAGGCGGCGACAAAGGAACAGAGCGAAGGUUCAAGUGGUCCCGAGGAGGUGUCCGAAGAGGAGGAACUCACCAGCGUCCCCUCACCAUUGCCAGCUUCCUGCAUUUGCAGCGUUCAGGUUCGGGAGCCCCUGGAAGUCGGGGAGAACGAGGACUGUAGCCAGGCUGUCAGCCCUGGGACUCUCUUGACUUGCUCUUGCGGCGGUCUGCGUGCUGAAGAAAAGCCAGAGGAGAAGAAAAUUGCACGAAACAAAGCUGGACAUAUGACCAAGAGUGAAACAAGCAUAGCGUCUCUGGUCUCCUUUUCACCUCCUCUACUUCGCUCUUCCUCUGUCAGUCCUCCUUCCAGCUCAGUUCCUGAGCUUUGCAUGCCUUUGAGCAAGGCUAGGUCAAGGCCGGAGUUCAAAGGUCACCUGAAAGACAUGUCGCCAGUUAAGCAGAAGGGAUAUUGUAGACUGGAAAGCACGGACUCGUCCUCCACAGACAACUGCGGGCCCUCAGCCAUGACUUCAGUUGGCCCUUUGAAGACGUCCUCAUCGAUUGGAGAUCUCUACUCAGAAAAAACUCCAGAGAUCUUCAGUCAGGAACAAAGCCAUGCAUCUCCCUGGGAAGACAGCAAGGGAAAAACGCUCCUCUCUGCCAACACAGAGCUUGAGUGCCCACCUGGAUGCUUACAGAGUCAGCUUGCAGAACCAACUCUUACCUCAGGUCACGUUUCGGGGAACCACAACACCACCUUCAUCUCCAGUGGUCAGGUGGUGAACUUCAGCGGCGAUGUCAUCGUCGUAUACGUCGGUCCGACGUCUCUCGGAAGCGACGGUGCACCGUCGGACGACGACUUUUCCAGUCCUGUACAAGAGCAAGCUAAUGUGACCGCUCCGUUUUUUCAGAGUAGCGAGAGGUCUGAGGGGAACUGUGUUACCCAAAAAGCAUUAAGGGGCAAAACCCAAGAAAUGACUGCAUAG